GCCGCCAUCUUCGCGCGCCCGCGCGCCCCAGCCCCGCCCCCAGACGCCGCGCCCACGUGACCUACCCACCCACCACCCCCCCCGGCUGGCGCGUGGGCGGGGCCUUACGUCACGUGAUGGCAUGGCGGGGCGGGGCCAAGAUGGCGCUGCCCUGAGAGGUGAGGAAGCUGCGGCGAGGGCGGCCGAGGCUGUGAGGAAGGCGGCCAAAUGGCGACGUCUGCGACGUAGAUGAGAGGCGGUGAGGGGUGACCGGGCGCCAGCACCCGGGCCGCAGAGAGUGGCCUACAGUGGAGCUUUCCUCCUCGCAGCUGGAGAACGGAGAGAGAAGGUGCUGGCUGGGUGAAGCUGCCGCUUUCUGCCUGGCGGGGCUUGAGGGGCCCAGAGUCCACGGAGUCCCUAAUCACCCUGGUUUCCCCGGGGUCCCAGGUCUAGAGACAUGACCCGAGAUUGCGCUCCCCCGGCCCCGGGAACCGGGGCUCCGCUGAGCGGGUCGGUGCUGGCAGAGGCGGCAGUGGUGUUCGCAGUGGUGCUGAGCAUCCACGCGGCCGUGUGGGACCGAUACUCGUGGUGCGCCGUAGCCCUCGCAGUGCAGGCCUUCUACGUCCAGUACAAGUGGGACCGGCUGCUACAGCAGGGGAGCGCUGUCUUCCAGUUCCGAACGUCCGCAAACAGUGGCCUACUGCCCACCUCAGUUGUCAUGCCUUUGCUCGGACUGGUCAUGAAGGAGCGCUGCCAGUCUGCGGGGAACCCAUACUUCGAACGCUUUGGAAUUGUGGUGGCAGCCACUGGCAUGGCAGUGGCCCUCUUCUCAUCAGUGUUGGCGCUGGGCAUCACUCGCCCGGUGCCCACCAACACUUGUGUCAUCUCGGGCUUGGCUGGAGGUGUCAUCAUAUAUAUCAUGAAGCACUCACUGAGUGUGGGCGAGGUGAUCGAGGUCCUGGAGGUUCUGCUGAUCUUCGUCUAUCUCAACAUGAUCCUGCUGUACCUGUUGCCCCGCUGUUUCACCCCUGGGGAGGCACUGCUGGUACUGGGUGGCAUCAGCUUCAUGCUCAACCAGCUCAUCAAGCGCUCCCUGACUGUGGUGGAAAGCCAGGGGGACCCAGUGGACUUUUUCCUGCUAGUGGUGGUAGUGGGAAUGGUGCUCAUGGGCAUCUUCUUCAGCACCCUCUUUGUCUUCAUGGACUCAGGUACCUGGGCCUCCUCCAUAUUUUUCCACCUCAUGACCUGUGUGCUGGGUCUGGGUGUGGUCCUGCCCUGGCUGCACCGGCUCAUCCGCAGGAACCCCUUGCUCUGGCUUCUUCAAUUCCUCCUCCAGACAAACACCCGCAUCUACCUCUUAGCCUACUGGACUCUGCUGGCCACCUUGGCCUGCCUGGUGGUGCUGUACCAGAAUGCCAAGCGCUCAUCUUCUGAGUCCAAAAAGCACCAGGCCCCCACCAUUGCGCGAAAGUAUUUCCACUUCAUUGUAGUGGCCACCUACGUCCCAGGUAUCAUCUUUGACCGGACGCUGCUCUAUGUGGCCGCCACCGUAUGUCUGGCAGUCUUCAUCUUCCUGGAGUAUGUACGCUACUUCCGCAUCAAGCCCCUGGGCCACACUCUACGGAGCCUCCUGUCCCUCUUCCUGGAUGAACGAGACAGUGGACCGCUCAUCCUGACACACAUCUACCUGCUCCUUGGCAUGUCUCUUCCCGUUUGGCUAGUCCCCAGACCCUGCACACAGAAGGGUAGUCUAGGGGGAGCAAGGGCCCUAGUCCCCUAUGCAGGCGUCCUGGCCGUGGGUGUGGGUGACACGGUGGCCUCCAUCUUCGGCAGUGCUAUGGGGGAGAUCCGCUGGCCUGGAACCAAAAAGACCUUUGAGGGGACCAUGACGUCUAUAUUUGCCCAGAUCAUUUCUGUAGCUCUGAUCUUAAUCUUUGACAGUGGAGUGGACCUGAACUACAGUUAUGCUUGGAUUUUGGGGUCCAUCAGCAUCGUGUCCCUCCUCGAAGCAUACACUACACAGAUAGACAAUCUCCUUUUGCCUCUCUACCUCCUGAUAUUGCUGAUGGCCUAGCUGCUGUGCAGCAGUGAUGGAGGAAACAGGGCCAAGGGGAGGAUGAAUGGUCCCCACAGCAGCCAGCCAGUUGGGCAUGAAGAGCCAAGGAGUGAGAAGCAGAUUUGAUUUUUCAGUUGAUUCAGAUUCAAAAUAAAAAUCCAAGAUCAACGGGUUUUUGUUUCGCUAAUAUUUAAAAA